CAGCUACAUUCAACUUGACGUAAAUAAAAUAUUCGUUUUCGUGCGCUUACUUGAACCGCUCAAAAUGGAAAUAUGCGGCAGCAUAUUAACCAAUACCGACUACACCGAGUUCCACUUGAAGUGCAUAUAUUGUUCGAUUGAAAGUGAACUAAAGGAUUGGCAACAAUUCGUGCACCAUACUCGCAAUGCUCACCGUUUCGAUGAUGCGGAUGAAGGAAGCGCCCUAAGCGAAAAUGAAAUCGAGUGCGCCCCGGAAGAGCUCUUUGAGACUUUCGCAGACACUGAAAAUGUCAUGUAUGUAAAAGAAGAGGACGCAAGUUUGCCUCAAGAGGAAGAAGUACUAUAUGAAACCAUCGACAUCUUAAAGCAAGAGGAUGACCUCCAAUCGCCAAUACGAAUGGAAGCACCUACGUCCCCUACCUACAAUAGCAUAGAUGGCUGUUUGGAAAAAAUGGACGAUGACAGCUAUGACGAUGAAAGUCAAGUACAGGAGGAAAUAGUGAAUAAUAUGUCAAAUGAGAGCGAUAACUAUGAAGAGGCAAGCGACAACUCCACAGAUUCUGAUUCUGAUUCUGAACUGGAGGGGAAGCCACUCAGACGUAGCAGAACUAAUCCAAUGUCGAUAAAGCGCAAGUUAAAAGUAUCAUUCAUCCGGCAAAAUCCACGUGUACUCCACUUCAUUGAAGAAUUCAAGAAACAUCCAUGCUUGUGGAACCCAAACGAUACAUCUUAUAAAAAUGAGAAAGCGGAAACUGAAGCCUACAAUGCAAUAAUUGAAGGAAUGGACAAGAAAGUCAAUGUGCUUUUCACCGAAAUCGAAUUAAAGAAAUCCAUACAGCAGUUGUUCAAACAGUUCGCGAUUGCCACUCAAAAGGCGGACAAGAACCAGCUAACCGGAAUGGCUGUACGUUAUCUACGUAAAUGCAAAUUCCUCUCGAACAGCUAUUACUCCGGGGCUAGCGAUGACGACGACGAGGAAUCGAAGUCAGAUGUAAUUCAGCUUAACUUCAAGGAGAUCAACGAUGUGACCACAGCCUUUAUUGAAACGUUUGCCAAUUUUCCGGUGCUGUAUGACAGUUCGCUGCCGGAUUUCAAGUCGUUAGAAGCACGUACGGAAGCGUAUGUUAAGAUAGCGCAGCUGCUCGCGCCGGAGUUACGUGUCAACGAAACUGAGGUUCAUCUGGCCGUCAUGAGAUUGCGCAAAUGGACUUAUAUGACCCUGCGUCGCGUCAAGUCGAAGGAAUUGCGCCGUGCUUGCACCAAGACGGAACUGCAUUAUCUUCAAUUGUGUAGCUUCCUUCCGCCCAAAUCGGAAAGCCUCGUCAUUAAUUGUGAAUAUUGCAAUAAGCGUUUCUUUAUCGACUACCUGCUCCGGGCGCACCUGGUAAAGGUGCAUGAUGUGGGCGAGCUGCCAUAUCUCUGCUCCCAGUGUCCGCGUCGUUUUGAGAAGGCCCACGACAUGGAACGGCACAAGUUGCGCCAGCAUUGUGAAAAGAUGCUCAAGUGUGAAUACUGUGAUAGCACAUUUGCAUUGAAAAAUGACCUCAAUGUACACAUACGUGUGCAUACGGGCGAAAAGCCGUAUGUGUGCGAGCUGUGUGGCAAAUCCUUCAGGCUAAAACUAUUGCUUGACUACCACAUAAAUGGGUUCCAUCUGAAUCUUCGCCCAUUUGAAUGCGAUAUUUGUCAUCAAACAUAUCGCAAGAGAGUCCAGUUGAAAAAUCAUAUGAAGGCCCAUUUGAAUAUCAAGGAUAAGAAAUGUGACGAAUGCGGUGCAGCGUUCACCUGCCCGACAAGUCUUUCUCGGCAUCGCAAAACCGUUCAUAGUAAUACAAAACCACAAAAAUGAUGCUAAAAAAUCUUCAUUCCUCCUCUGCUUGUUUAGUCUUAAUAAAUAUUACUAAUUACAUAAAUAAAUAAUAUCCCACAGUG